CUGGGGCUGGCCCGGUAGGAUGUGUUGCAAGGAACCAAAAGGAGGCUACGUUACAUCGUGAUUUGUCUCCUUAGAGAGUUCCAGAGAGCCUGGGGUGAACCUCCCUGGGCCAGAGCCUCCAGUUGUUUCCAGCCCUCGGGAUCCCUUCUCUCCCAGACUCGGGCACCGAGGGUGGCAUCAUGGAUGGCUCUAUCAUAUACCGAUGGUUCAAGAACUUUAACUUGGUCCCAAACCUCUCUGACAAGUAUGUCCUCAUUACUGGCUGCGACUCUGGCUUCGGGAACCUCUUGGCUCGGAAACUGGAUGAGCGAGGAAUGCGGGUGCUAGCUACCUGCUUCACUGAGGAGGGAGCCCAGGAACUCCGAAGGGUGUCCUCCCAUCGGCUACACAUCACCCUUCUGGACGUCACCAAGACAGAGAGCAUCAAGGCAGCAGCCCAGUGGGUACAUGCCCAUGUGGGAGAACAAGGGCUCUGGGGCCUGGUGAAUAACGCUGGAAUAGGCCUGCCCAGUGGCCCCAAUGAAUGGCUGACCAAGGAGGACUUUGCCAAGGUGAUAAAUGUGAACCUGCUGGGACUGAUCGAGGUGACCCUGAACAUGCUGCCAAUGGUCAAGAAGGCCCGUGGCAGAGUUGUCAACAUGUCCAGCUGUGGGGGCCGAGUGGCCGUCAUUGGUGGUGGUUACUGCGUCUCCAAGUUUGGUGUGGAGGCCUUCUCUGACAGCAUCCGGAGGGAGCUCUAUUAUUUUGGGGUGAAAGUCUCCAUCAUCGAGCCUGGAAACUACCGGACCUCCAUUUUGGGCAACGAGGACAUAGAAAGACGCAUGCAACGCCUGUGGGAGCGGCUGCCCCAGGAGACCAAGGAGAGCUACGGGGAGGAGUACUACUCCAUUUACACCAGAAAAUUAAAAAAUGUGACUAAUCUGGCAGAUCCAAAAAUCACCCAAGUCACAGACUGUUUAGAGCACGCCCUUACCUCUCGAAGACCCCGGAUCCGUUAUAGUCCUGGCUUGGACGCCAAACUCCUCUACCUCCCGCUGGCUUUCUUCCCCACGCCACUAACGGACUUCAUCCUGAGCCACUACUUCCCAAAGCCAGCAGAUAGUGCCCUUUGAGACCCCGAGGGGGGUGCUGGCACCUGGUACCAUAGGAUGUCCCAGAGGGACUGAUUUUCUUCAGCUGAAACUUCCCACCCCAGGAUUCUUUGUGCCCCUCACCAUGAGCUUCCUCCACCAAGCCAAUGCUCAAGGAAAACACAGGGUAGCGUUCCCAGGUCCAUAAGUGCCACCGUGAUUCUGGGUAACCACAAGAGUACAUUAACAGCGCUAAGCUACAUUCACAUAGCAUUUUCUUGGUUCAUGAAGCACUUUGUUCACCAUUAUCCUGGGGAACAGUUGGCAGAGUAUUGUUCUCCCUAUUUGACAGAUAAGCAAACCGAAGCUCCAAAAGUUCAAGUGAUUUGUCCAAGGAUGCACAUCAAGUGAGCAGCAAAGCCUAGGUCUUCAGAUUCUCCAACUAGUGGAAUUUCCAUUACACCCAGUUGCAUUGAAGCCUCAAGAGGACCAGCGACUCAGUCCCAUCAAUUUGUUUUUGCUGGCAUGCAAUGCCAAAGUUAAGAAAAGAACAAAGAGUUCCUUUCACAUAUUUGACCACUGUUGUCUUUCACAACAUAACCAAUAUUGAAACAUGUCCUGCAUGAUCGCACAUGUAUAACCUCUUUCAGAUUUCUUACUGUUUCAGGGAAGGGGGAGGCAAGGGAGAGAAUUUGAAACUCAAAAAAUUUUCAAAUGAAUGUUCAAAAUUGUUCUUACGUGCCACUCAGAAAAUAAAAUGAUUGAAGAAAACCAAUUAAUUAAUUCUAAAAUCAAAUAUUUCAUCAACAACUGUAAUCAGCUCUCAAUUGUCCAAACAAAAGAAUGUUGAGGAAGUUGCGGGAAGUCAUUAGAUCUAAUUGUAAUGUCUCUUUUCUGGUUUUGGUCUUGUGAGGCAGCACCGUAAUUCAUGAUUCUUUUCCAUGUAAGAAGCUUGAAGUGAUUUCCCUACAAAUUUCCACUAUCUUAGUCAGUAGAUGCAUGCUGUGCAUAUUAAUAAACAUUUACAAUCGCUGCUUUCAA